UACGAUGACUUCUCGGCCGCCCAACUCCGCUUCGUCCUCCCCUUGCGCCUCGAGUUCUUCUUCAUCCUCUUCCUCGCCCCCUUCUCCGUCACCGUCUUCUGCUACGUCGGCUUCGUCCGCGCGCUGCUGGCGCGGCCGGCGCUGCCGGCGGCCAAACGGCGCCGCGCCGUGGGCCUGGCCGUGGCCACCAUGGUCAUCUUCGGCCUCUGCUUCGCGCCCUACAACGUCUCGCACGUGGUGGGGUUCUGGCAGGGCCGCAGCCCCGGCUGGCGCGUCUACGCCACGCUGCUCAGCGGCCUCAACGCCGCGCUCGACCCGCUCGUCUUCUACUGCUCCUGCGGCGCCGUGCGCCAGGCGCUGGCCGACCUCUGGGGGGCGCUCAGGGGCCGCGUUUUGGGAAUAAAUCGGUGA